CAGGCAGCUGGUGCUGGGCAGCUGCAGCUUCCCAUGGCAGCUCCCAACGAAGUUCCAUGAGCUCCAGGAAGCAUUUCCCAAGGUUCAUCCAAAGCUCCCAGGACACCCAGGUGCUGUUUGAGGAGCAGCACGGGGAGCUGGAGGCACAGCUGGCCCAGUGGCAAUGGGAGCAGGGGCCCUUCCUGGGGCUCCAGACUGAGAGGCCGGAGGAGCUGCCGGGACUGCUGGGGGGUGGGAAUUCUCCCCAGCACCUCCGAGUGCAGAGGCCAGACGUGGCCAGUGGAAGGGAGGAGGACAAUGGCACGGCCAGUGGAAGGGAGGAGGACAAUGACAUGGCCAGUGGAAGGGAGGAGGACAAUGAGGCCACGGGACGACACAGCAGCAGCCCCCCAGAGCUGGAGAGCAGCAGCUCCGCGGCCAUGGCCUGGUUCCUCCCCAGGGAAGUGGUGAUCACCAAGUCCCUGGAGGCCGACAGCAGCAGCAGCAGCAGCAGCAGCAGCCUCCUGGAGCUGGCCCGCAGCAUCCCCACGCCUGACCCGUGGUGGGGCCCAGCCAAGGCCCCCCCCCGGCAGCGGGUGCCCCCGGGCAGGGCCCGUGGCUGGGCACCACGGGCCUUCCUGGGCAAGCUCUGUGCCCGCCUGAGGGGAUUCCUGGGACCCUGGUGGAGCUGCCACAUCCCUGCCUGCCAGUGCCCCCACCACGUCCCUCCCUGCCAGUGCCACCGCCACGUCCCUCCCUGCCAGUGCCACCGCCACGUCCGUCCCUCCCGGAGCCGCCUCCUCUGAUGCCCCAGUGCUGGUGGCAGUGCCGGGCCCAGAAGAGCAAAAGGUUUCAAUCCUGAGCCACCACGGCCUGUCCAAGCCACAAACAACAUCCUGGGUUGGUCAGGCAGGCCCUGACCCUCACACCCCCCGUGGCUGGGCCUCAUCCCCUGGCACCUCAGGCUCGUCCUCACUCUUUGGCUCUACAUUCCCCCCAGCAACAAAUUAAAAAAAACCAGCCAAAGUA